UGAGCUUGGACACAACAUGUUUACUUUCAAAAUGAUUAAAAAAAACAAAAUUCUGUUAUCGUCGCCGUGGCUCCGUUGACAUCUUGUUUUGGGGAAAGGUCGGUUAAGAUUGUCAUUUCACUCAGAGACAGUACAGAAAGCAGCAUUUCACGAGCUCUCCUCAACAUUUAAUUACCAAGCGAACAGAAGCUUCAACGACCUGAAGAUACACGAGGAUGGAAAAUAACAUCAACAAACCUUAUAUAAAGAAACCCCCUAACGCCUUCAUGAUUUUUAAGGCUGAGCAGCGAGAGAUAAUCAUGAAGGAAGAUUAAUAUUAGAAAUUCGGCAGAAGUUAAUAAAAUCGCCGGGGAGAGAUGGAAAUCGCUCACGGACGAGGAACAAGCCCCGUACUAUCAACAGGCAGGACUGGCCAAGAGGGAGCACCAGGCCAUGUACCCAGACUGGUCUACGAAAGAUAACUUCAGACAAAAGAAAAUGAGAGGAAAAGCACCAGCUCCAGUAGGUCCUGUCCAGCCUCCGUUCCUCCACCCUGCUACAAUGGCUCCACAUGGUUACUAUUUACCAGCUUCUCAAAUACUUGGAAACGCCAACCAAGUCAACGGACCCACAGCUCCUGUUCCGACCUUAUGGUACAACACACAGAUGAUGCCAGUGCUGACCAACCAACCGCCACAGGCUAACCACUCUGCGAGCCUGGUCCAGCCACCGGUCUAUACCCCACCGACCAAUCAGCUGCCCACAUACGUAAUAACGAUGGUGCCACCAAGCGACCAGGCAGCGCUACAACAAUCGACCCACCAGCACCCACAGUAUCUGACCCACCAGCACCCACAACUUCUGACCCAGCAGCACCCACAGUAUCUGACCCACCAGCACCCACAACGUCUGACCCAGCAGCACCCACAGUAUCUGACCCACCAGCACCCACAACUUCUGACCCAGCAGCACCCACAGUAUCUGACCCACCAGCACCCACAACGUCUGACCCAGCAGCACCCACAGUAUCUGACCCACCAGCACCCACAACUUCUGACCCAGCAACAGCCACAACGUCUGACCCAGCAACAGCCACAACAUCUGACACAGCAGCACCCACAAUCACCGAUCCAGCAGCACCCACGUCAAUAAGUCAUUUGAUGUGUC